AUGAUCGUCGACGAAUUCUCCCAAGAUGACUUCCAUGAUCUGACCGAUAACGCCUUGCAAGAACUCGAACGAAACGCCAUACAGCUCACCCAAGCUCGCAUAAAGCAGGCGCCGUCGCAGGAAGCGCCGCAGAGGCUGCCCAGUUAUGGCUGGGAAGAGGAGGACGAUGACUUGGACGACACCGAAGUAACAAGCGAUGCCGGGAUACCCAUUGGCAGACCGGUCGUCGACAACACUCUGCCGCAGCGCCGGCAGCCGCCAACAAUACGACAACGUCAUGGCCAGCCAGGCUCACAAGCCCGUCGGCCGAUCCCUCCUUUGCCGAACCCUAAAUGGAAUCCCAUUGUUGAUGAUUCAGGCACGGCAGGGCCUAGGAUACCCCAACAUCCUCGCAUGUCGGCUGCAGCAGCCCCUCGGAAUGCCCAAUUUUCGGCCUCGCAACAACUCCCGUCGCAGCCUCCUCCGCAACCGACCCAUUUCGCCAGGCCACCGCUGCCCGUGAACCGCUUCCCUGCUUCCCAAGCAUCCCAAGCAUCCCAAGCAUCCCAAGCAUCCCAAGGAGGCCCGACAGCGAAUGUGAUAUCCGCCCUUCAGCAGCGGGUCCGCUCGCUCGAAUCCGAGCUUCAUGCCGCUCGCGGUGAAGCGUCCAUCAUUCGCUCCAACUCCCUCAAAGCCCAGCAGGGCUACGAUGCCCAAAUUGCCCGCUUGAAGAAACUGAGCGCCGAGCAGCUGGAAAAGCAAAACAGAAUUGCCGAGGCGGCUGUGGCGGCUGAGAAGAGUGCAAACACGGAGCUGCAGUUCCUGCAGCGGGACAUGAGGGAAGUCAGCGACAGGGCUCGACGGAAAGAUGCCAGUGCAGCCGGCGAUUUGACCGUUACACCCAAGAAAGCCAACAAGUCAUGGGGCAUUGCUGAUGGCUUCGCCGGAACGGACCUGGCCAUAAGCCCCAGCCGACCCCAGGGACGACUCAGGCCGUCAGGUUCCGUCGCAGUCAAUGUCGGGGAACGCACCCCCAGCCGGGGCAAGAGAAAACGACCGCCGGCAGACAGCCCCAUCUCGGCGCUGGAGACGUUGACAGAAGAUGCCGUUGUCAGCCAGCAAGACCCACGACAAGCCCAGGAUACUUGUCAAGCCGCUGUUGCGCCAGCUGCGCCGGCUGCCCCGUUCGAAUUUCUGCAACUCGUCCUGGAUCACGGCUCGUUCCAUCAGCAGCCACCGACGUUUGAUACGUUAUCUCGGUUCUCGUUUCCGUCCGACCCUACCGCUACGUCCUUUGCCACCAUGAUAUUCGAAAAACUACCUUUGAUGGGGAAGCCUCACUGUCCGCUCCAGUUGCUCGUCGACUUUUGCGAGCAUGUGAUAGCCCUGUGGACGCGCUGUGUGGAGGAGGAGUUUUGGGAACCGGUCAAGUACCUCGUGUCGCUCGUCUCCUUCACGCUUGACCUCGACACGACGUCGGUGUCGCCGCUGAUUGUGCCCAACCUGCUUCCCAUUGCCCAAACCACCAUUGCCAGCCUGGCCGACGCGCGACGACGGCUUCCCGACGGCAGCCUCUGCGACAGCGACGAGUACAGCUUUCUGGAACAGCACGUAAACACCACCCAGCUGCUGGGCCUGCUGUAUGCGUCGGCGCUGUCCUGUUGGGCGUGCCCCAGCCCGACGGACGACGGCCUUGAGUAUACGCCAGCCAGGUUCUGGACGCUCAUGUCUCUGGACAUGGUGCUGCUGCUGCUGGCUCCGAACCAGAAGCCGAGCGACGUCGUGGGCAUGCUGGAGCUGCUAGCCACGUCGGCCACGGCCACAUCCAUCGGGCCCAUCGGGCCCGUCGGCGCGGACGCGGCACCGCCCGACGUCGCCAAAGCCAUCAUCGAGAGAGUAUCGGCCAAGCUGACGGAACGGCCGAGGGCGGACAUGACGCAGAAGCAGCGGCGCUGCGUGCGACUCGCCGCGCUGCGCACGCUCGCGGCCUUUUCCCUGUCGUCCUUGGGGGCCGCCGAGCUGGCCAGGCACGACCGCGCGAUUCCCCGGCUGGUGACGUGCCUGAGCGGCGCCAUUGACGAGCUGUACGACCAGCCCAUCCCGGCCUGCGUCGUCGCGCCGCCCUCGCCGCCGCACGCCUCGGCGGCGCUGGGGCGGCAGUGGCCCGACUCGUCGGCCCCGGCGGACCUGUACCUCGUCAUCUCGCAGAGCGUCCUGCUCGUGCACAAGCUCGCCACGGAUGCCGCGACGUGCAACAUGGUCGACGUCGGCCACAAGCUGUCCAUGUUCCACGGCGGCAGCCAGCGCUACCUGCUGGCCCUGGGGCGCCUGGCCUUUGCGGAGGAGGACCUGAUCAUGGAGGCGGGCAUAGCCGGCGAGGUUGUGGAAGCCGCCCACGAGCUGCUGGAAAUGGCCGUGACGCCGGACGAGGGGGAGACCAUCAGCGAGGCGUUCGGGGCGUGA